GAGCCUUCCAAAGAAUAAACAAUGUGUAGUAAACUUUCAGUGAGGGCUCUACUUAUUCCCAUUCUUACUUUCCUUCUUCAAUGGCAACUUGUUCAUGGAGCUGAUAAACCUUACAUUACUAGAAAACCGCAAUCAGUUUUUAAUGGCAAUCCUUACUGUAAAAGUGGUAGACCUUAUUCUUCCUGUACAUGUCCCAGCUAUAAACCUGAUUGUGGUAGAGUUUAUAGUGGUGGAACAUCUAGAAGGGAAUAUUGUGACAGAAACCAAACUCUGCCUUGUGACGAGUUGGAUGCUCUUACAACUUUCUUAACCGGUUUAGGCGUCACAGACUUCAAUGUUUCACAUUGUGAAAAUAGCAGCAACCUGGUGGCUGGUGCUGAAAUAAGGUGUAAUUGCAGUUUCAAGGACAAGGAUGGCAAUUUCACUUGCCAUAUAACCGAAAUAAAUAUGAUGAGUAGCUUGCUAAGUGGUUAUAUGGAUGAUGCAAUAAGUGGGCUUCAACACUUGCAAAUUCUGGAUCUUUCAUCCAAUCAGCUGACUGGAUCCCUACCACAAAGCAUGGGAAAUUUAACUAGUUUGACAGACCUCAAUCUAGAGAACAAUCAGCUCGGAGGUACUAUUCCCAACAGCUUUCAAGCUUUAAAUUCACUUGAGUACUUGGAUCUUUCUAGGAAUUUCUUGAAUGGGCCAAUGACUGGAUUGGGCAAUCUGCAAAAUUUGAUUCGAAUGGAUUUGACCUUCAACUUCUUGAAUCAAUCCAUACCUAAAUCAUUUGGUAACCUCUCAUCGCUGGAGACAUUGUAUCUUGACAGUAACAUGUUAUCAGGCCCAAUUCCUGAUGAACUGGGGAACCUCACUCAACUUGAUUUUCUGUCUUCGGAUGACAAUGAACUCACCGGUCCACUUCCUCAAGCACUUGGAAAAUUGAGCAAUAUUAAAAGUUUCUGGUUGAAUUCCAACUAUCUUACAGGUGAAAUUCCACAAAGUUAUUCCCAACUUACUGGACUUGAAAUCUUUGCCGUAGCUGGAAAUUAUUUAUCUGGCCCUCUACGUGAUUACAUUGCAAACUGGACGAACCUCACUCAUCUGAAUCUUCUGGGAAAUAAUUUUGAAGGGAAUCUACCAGAAGGGAUUUUCAAGCUUCCAGAUCUUGAGAAAUUGUGGGUUAGUGGCUUAAGGAAUCCUGGUUUUGCUUUCCCCAAACAAGCGGACUUGAUGACGAACAUAUAUUCUUUGGUGCUGAGGAAUUGCUCAAUCAAUGACACAAUUCCUCCUUAUAUUGCUAAAUGGCCUGAAUUGACCCAUCUUGAUUUGAGCUUCAACAACUUAAAUGGUGAAAUCCAACAAUUUAAUACAGGAACGAUACUUUUAUCAAGAAAUAAGUUUAAAGGGAAAUUUCCUCCGUGGAUCAGUGAGCUAUCACCACAGCUUUAUCGAUCACUUGAACUUGAUCUUUCACACAAUGAUUUCACAGAUAUGCCAAACCAUGAAAAUGGAACACUUCAACGUUCGUUAAAUACGAUUAUUAUAGAGCCAACGAGAGAAUACAUAUAUCAGAAAGGAAAAAAAUGUCGUAAAAAAACUCACUCUCUGUCUAUAAACUGUGGUGGUGACAAAGUGAAUUUUGACAAGCAAAAUUAUGAAAAUGAUACUGCAAUAUCAAACUUUUAUGAAAGUCCUGAUGGAAAUUGGGCUUAUAGCGUUUCUGGAGACUUCAUCACUCCAACCACCAUAGAGAACUUAACAUGUGGAGUCUCCGUUCCUGAGGGAGACCUAUACGUCAAUGCUCGUGUUGCUCCUAUCUCCCUCACCUAUUAUGCCUUCUGUUUGCAUAAAGGCAAAUACCGUAUCAAACUUUUUUUUGCUGAAACUUCAUUUUCCAAAAAUGAAGAUCACAGUAUUCUGAAGAAACGCAUUUUUGAUGUACAUAUUCAGAAAAAGAAAGUAUUACAGGAUUUCAACAUACAGAAAGAGGCUAAAGGAGCUAAGUAUAAAAACAUUAUGAAAAGUUUCACGGCUACAAUACGUGACCACGAACCAUUGCAGAUAGACUUCUUCUGGGCUGGUAGGGGAUCUCUAGAUAAAAAUGGACCUCUCGUUUCAGCUAUUUCCAUAACGCAUGCUCCAAGAAAAUUAAAAGCUUGGGAAAUAGUUGCAAUUGCGGCAGCUUGCGUCCUCUUUCUGUUCCUUUUGUUAGCUUUCCUGUGGAGAAUGGGAUGGAUAGGAGACAGAGAGUUGCACAAAACACGUAUAAAGCUUUCAGAAACACAGGCUUACAGUGUUAAAGAAAUAAUUAAUGCCACUCAAAAGUUCAGCCCAAAAACACAGAUUGGCAAGGAUGGUCGUUUUGGAAUAGUCUACAAGGCUGUACUGCCAAAUUUGACAGUAGCAGUGAAGAAGCUUUUUCCUCAAUCAAAGGCAGCUGCUGAAAUAAGAGCAGAGGUUUUUGCAUUGUCUAAGUUAGAAAAUCAGAAUCUUGUUAAAUUACUGGGUUCUUAUUCAAAAAGAGGCUUGCAUUUGCUAAUUUAUGAAUAUAUGGAAAACGGAUCCCUUGAGGAAGUCUUAUUUGAUGCUAAUCGUUCAGCACAUCUUAGUUGGGAAAAAAGAUACAAAAUUUGUGAACAAAUAGCCCUAGGUUUGGAGUUUUUACAUAAAAUGGAGCCGCCCGUAAUCCAUAGAAAUAUCAAGGCCAGUAAUAUUCUGCUUGAUAGAGAUUAUAAUGCUAAAAUCUCAGACUUUGGAUUGGCAAAACUUUAUGAGGAAGAUGAUCCAUUUAUGUUCACUAAAGAUCCCAGAAGUGCACUGAAGUACAUGGCACCUGAGUAUGCAUCUCAAAAGAACAUAACAGUGAAAAUUGAUGUGUAUAGCUUUGGGCUUCUGCUACUUGAAAUCAUUAGUGGGAAAGAGAUUGAUAAAAACCUUGGAGAUCCUGACAAUAGUAUUUAUCUUUUGGAAAAGGCCGACAUGUGUCGCAAGCAAAAAAUGUACGAACAAUUAAUUGAUGAAACAUUGAAAGAGCGUCCAUCAGGGAGAGUACCAUCAACAACGCUAUAUCAAGCCAUUACCGUCAUUGAGUUAGCAAUGCUGUGCACCGAUUGGCCUUCUAUUCGACCCCCAAUAUCAGAUGUAGUGAGCGUGCUUCAGGGUAAAAUAACCGUUGAGGAUAUGACUAAGGUUUAAUUUCACACUUGGAAUUUAAUUUUAGACUCUAUUUUCAUUUAUUAUUAUGGUGGUGUUUUUUUUUUUUUUUUUUUUUUUGGAUGUUUUUUUUUUUUUUU